CAACGUGCGUGCAGACUUCAAAAUCUGCCACAAAGCUCCAAUGGCAGUAGAAGUCAGAAUCUACCGCUCCAUCAUCUUCUCCAAAUGAUCUCUCAAUCUCAAUCUCAUCAUCUUCUUCUCACUCAAUCAUCUUCCUUCUCAUUCGUCUUCCUCCCAAAGCCCAUCGCCAAACCUACUCACUCCCUCUCCUUUAACUCUCUCUCCUCAAUGUUCCCUUCUCUCUCUCUCCGUCCACCUAGCCCCACCACCACCGCCGUCUCCGUCUCCGUCUCCGACAACAACCCUCUUCUCAGUUCCGAUCCAUUCCCUCCUCUCCGUAUCGCCAUUAUCGGAUUUGGCAACUACGGCCAAUUCCUCGCCGAAACCCUAAUUGCUCAAGGCCACAUUCUCUUCGCUCACUCCCGAUCCGAUCAAUCCUCCGCCGCUCGUCGUCUCGGCGUCUCGUACUUCCCCGAUCUUCACGAUCUUUGCGAACGUCACCCUAACGUUGUCUUACUCUGUACUUCGAUCCUCUCCAUCGAGAAUGUCCUCAAAACGUUGCCGUUUCAGAGACUCCGUCGCAGCACUCUCUUCGUUGAUGUUCUCUCUGUGAAAGAGUUUGCUAAGACUCUUCUCCUUCAAUACUUACCUGAAGGUUUCGAUAUUCUCUGUACGCAUCCAAUGUUUGGUCCUCAGAGUGUGAAUUCGAAUCACGGCUGGGGAGGUUUAAGGUUUGUGUAUGAUAAAGUUAGGAUUGGGGAAGAUGAUGAAUUGAGAGUCUCAAGGUGUGAGAGUUUUCUUGGGGUUUUUGAGAGAGAAGGUUGUAAGAUGGUGGAGAUGAGUUGUGCUGAUCAUGAUAAGUUUGCUGCUGAGUCUCAGUUUAUAACGCAUACGCUUGGUCGGGUUUUGGGGAUGUUGAGUUUGCAGUCUACGCCCAUUAAUACUAAAGGGUAUGAGGCAUUGCUUGAUUUGACUGAGAAUACUUGUGGGGAUAGUUUUGAUUUGUACUAUGGGUUGUUUGUCUAUAAUAACAACUCUUUGGAGAUGCUUGAGAGGAUUGAUUUAGCUUUCGAGGCAUUGCGUAAGGAGCUUUUUAGUCGACUUCAUGGUGUUGUCAGGAAGCAGUCGUUUGAAGGUGAAGGUGAAACAAACAAAGUUCAUGUUUUUCCAAAUGGUUAUGAAACUGAUGCUUCUUUGGAUUCGAUGAGGUCAGAAGAUGUGUCUCUCAAGUAUGAAUAUAACCCCCAGCUCUCUGGCAUUGUUAAUGACGGUUCGAGGCUCAAGAUUGGUAUUGUCGGGUUUGGUAAUUUUGGACAGUUUCUAGCUAAAACAAUGGUCAAGCAGGGUCACACGGUGUUAGCCUAUUCCAGAACUAACUACACUGAUGAAGCUGCAAAGCUGGGUGUCUCGUAUUUUUCAGACCUUGAUGAUCUGUUUGAAGAGCAUCCUGAAGUUAUUCUUCUCUGUACGUCUAUCCUUUCGACUGAAAAAGUUCUCAAGUCACUCCCAUUUCAGAGACUGAAGAGAAGCACCCUUUUUGGUUAUGAGACAUUGCUAAAAUUGGUGGAGAAUACUGCUGGUGACAGCUUUGAUCUUUACUAUGGACUCUUUUUAUACAAUCCUAAUGCAAUGGAACAGCUUGAGAGGUUUCAUUUGGCUUUCGAAUCAUUGAAGAAACAGCUCUUUGGACGACUACAUUCUCAACAUUCUCAUGAGCUAGCUAUAUCGCCUUCGCUAGAGCUGACUAAGCUAUAA